CAGCGGCAAAGCUGCAGGUCCACUGCUCCCUGCAGCAGCAGCUGCUGCUCCCACCCUGCCCCGAAAUUCCGAGAUGAUUCCAGCCCUGCUUGUGUUCUUCCUCCUCUCCUGUCCCCUCUCCCUGUGUCAGCAGAGAAGGAUAGAUCCCAGCCGGCCCCUCCACAGUGCCGCCACCCGCAAAGAUGCCGCCUUCAGCAGGAAUCCAGGGAAUGCCUUGGGAACAGGGGGAGAAGUCGGGCCGGAAAUGCUGCAAGAAAUGAGGGAAACCAACCGGGUGCUGCUGGAAGUUCGGGAUUUGUUGAAGCAGCAGAUCAAGGAGAUCACAUUCCUGAAGAACACGGUGAUGGAGUGCGACGCCUGCGGGAUGCGGCCGGAGGUGACAGGUCCCGUCAUCACCAUGACCCAGUUCGGCCGCUGCGUGCCCAACCCCUGCUUCCCGGGCGUGCCGUGCACCGAGAGCGCCGGCGGCUUCCGCUGCGGGCCCUGCCCCGCCGGCUACUCCGGGAACGGCACCCACUGCACCGACAUCAACGAGUGCAAUGCCAACCCCUGCUUCCCCAAAGUCCAGUGCAUCAACACCAACCCCGGCUUCCGCUGCGACCCCUGCCCGCCCGGCUUCACCGGGCAGCUGCUGGAAGGGGUGGGAAUGGCCUUUGCCAGGGCAAACAAACAGGUGUGCACCGACAUCAACGAGUGUGAGACCGGGGCUGCCAGGAAUUGUGUCCCGAACUCCAUCUGCAUCAACACCCGGGGAUCCUACAAAUGCGGGGCCUGCAAGCCGGGCUUCGUGGGGGAUCAGAUCAGCGGCUGCCGGAGCCAGGCGGCGCCGGGGACGCGGCGCUGCCCCAACGGCGAGAUCAGCCCGUGCCACGAGAAAGCCGAGUGCAUCGUGGAGAGGGACGGCUCCUUGUCCUGCCAGUGCCUCGUGGGGUGGGCAGGGAACGGGUACGUGUGCGGGAAGGACACGGACAUCGACGGAGUCCCCGACGAGAAACAGCGCUGCUCCGACAAGAAAUGCCGCAAGGACAACUGCGUGACUGUCCCCAACUCCGGCCAGGAGGACGCGGACAGGGACGGGAUCGGGGACGCCUGCGACGAUGACGCCGACGGGGACGGGAUCCCGAACGCCGAGGACAACUGCGUGUACACGAGGAACACGGACCAGCGCAACGCCGACAAGGACAACUUCGGGGACGCGUGUGACAACUGCCGGCAGGUGAAGAACAACGACCAGAGGGACAUCGACGGCGACGGCAAGGGCGACGAGUGUGACGACGACAUGGACGGGGACGGGAUCAAAAACCCCAUGGACAACUGCAGGAGAGUGCCCAACCCUGACCAGAGGGACGGGGACGGGGACGGCGUUGGGGACGCCUGUGACAGCUGCCCCACCCUCAGCAACCCCGACCAGAAAGACACCGACCACGAUCUGGUGGGAGAUGUCUGUGACACCAACCAGGACAGCGAUGGCGACGGGCACCAGGAUUCCCGGGAUAACUGCCCCACAGUGCCCAACAGCUCCCAGGUGGACACGGACAACGACGGGCUGGGGGACGAGUGUGACGAGGACGACGACGACGACGGCAUCCCCGACUUCAGACCCCCCGGCCCCGACAACUGCAGGCUGGUGCCCAACCCCGGCCAGGAGGACUCUGAUGGGGACGGCGUGGGGAACGUGUGCGAGGACGACUUCGACAGGGACAUGGUGAUCGACAGGAUCGACGUCUGCCCCGAGAACGCUGAGGUGACGCUCACCGACUUCAGGGCCUUCCAGACCGUGGUGCUGGACCCUGAGGGGGAUGCCCAGAUCGACCCCAACUGGAUCGUCCUCAACCAGGGCAUGGAGAUCGUCCAGACCAUGAACAGUGAUCCUGGCCUGGCUGUAGGGUACACGGCCUUUAACGGGGUGGACUUCGAGGGCACCUUCCACGUCAACACGGCCACGGACGACGACUACGCCGGCUUCAUCUUCGGCUACCAGGACAGCUCCAGCUUCUACGUGGUGAUGUGGAAGCAGAUGGAGCAGACGUACUGGCAGGCAAACCCCUUCCGGGCCGUGGCGGAGCCUGGCAUCCAGCUGAAGGCAGUGAAAUCCAAAACGGGCCCCGGGGAGUACCUGAGGAAUUCCCUCUGGCACACGGGAGACACCACGGACCAGGUGAAGCUGCUCUGGAAAGAUCCCCGGAAUUCCGGCUGGAAGGACAAGACCUCGUACCGCUGGUUCCUGCAGCACCGGCCCCAGGUCGGCUACAUCAGGUAA